UCCAAGAUGCCUCCCCGAUCGCUUCUUCGCGCACCAUCAUCGCCUUUGACCGCAUCUCACACCUUCUGCUCCAGAGCCCCACUUUUACAGUAGCGACUGUUUGAAUAAGUCAAGCGGAUUUGUCUUUCUGUGGCGCUUUUUGCGAUGUCCGGAUUUCAGCAGAAGUUUGUGGAAGCGGAGCGCCGGAGCGCACAGGACGCGCGGCGCAGCCACAGUCUCCAGGAGUGACUCCGACUCCGGAGGGAAGUUUUUGAACAUGGGGAAAAGAGAGCAAGUGGGAUUUUCUACCCUUUAAGGCGUCCCUUCCUCGCGUGUGGACAAUGGACACCCUGAGCCUGUCAGUGAACGCGGUCUCCUCCACCGUGGCAGCGGAGAUCCCCACCACCGACGACCCGUUCAGCGGACCCAUCAAGAACAUCGCGCCGUGGAACUUCACCGUCCUGGCCGUUGUCAUGUUCGUGGUCACCUCGCUGUCUCUGACCGAAAAUUUCCUGGUCAUGUUUGUCACUUUCAAGUUCAAGCAGCUCAGACAGCCCCUCAACUACAUCAUAGUUAAUCUGGCCAUCGCGGACUUUCUGGUGUCCCUCACCGGCGGACUGAUAAGUUUCCUGACAAACGCCCGGGGCUACUUCUUCCUCGGGAGGUGGGCUUGUGUCUUGGAGGGCUUUGCCGUCACUUUCUUUGGGAUCGUGGCCCUGUGGUCCUUGGCCGUCCUGUCCUUUGAGCGCUUCUUUGUGAUCUGUCGGCCGCUGGGGAACAUUAGAUUGCAAGCCAAGCAUGCCAUCCUGGGCCUGCUGUUCGUAUGGACAUUUUCCUUCAUCUGGACCUUCCCUCCUGUUCUGGGCUGGAACAGAUACACUGUGAGCAAGAUCGGAACCACCUGCGAGCCCGACUGGUAUUCAACCAACAUAACAGACCACAGUUAUAUCAUCACUUUCUUCAUCACUUGUUUCAUUUUCCCACUUGGAGUGAUUUUCUUCUGCUAUGGGAAGCUCCUCAGGAAGCUCAGAAAGGUAUCUCAUGGUCGUCUGGCAACUGCCAGAAAGCCUGAGCGGCAGGUGACUCGUAUGGUUGUGGUGAUGAUUGUGGCGUUCAUGGUGGGUUGGACCCCUUACGCAGCCUUCUCCAUACUGGUCACAGCUUAUCCCACUAUUGAGCUUGACCCAAGGGCGGCUGCCAUCCCGGCUUUCUUCUCCAAAACAGCUGCUGUUUACAAUCCAAUUAUCUACGUCUUUAUGAACAAACAGUUCAGGAAAUGCCUGAUCCAGCAUUUCACCGGCAUGGGAACCAUCCCAGAAAGCAACAUGAAUCAGACCACAGAACGACCUGGAAUUACUGCCGAGAGUCACACAGGGGAAAUGUCUGCCAUCGCAGCCCGCAUCCCUGUAGGCGGCACCGUGUCUCCCAGAUCCGAUGACUCUCCAACUGACUGUGGCUCCUUUGCUCAGCUUCCCAUCCCAGAGAACAAAGUGUGUCCAUUGUAACUGCAAGCCUUCUUCCAUUAGGUGUCAUUUUUCUCCCUAAGAGUGAAUAUUACCAGUCUGUCAUCCAGCUACAGUGUGCUUCAGAAACUCUGUGGACGCUAAGAGAAGUUUGAAUAAUUAGUCAAUGUCUUAGCUAUCCUUUGAGGGCACUGGGCACUUUUGAAGAACCUUAAUUGUUCUCUGGAACUGUGGAAAAGUUUUGUGCUUUGGCCUGUUUUAGUAGUUUGUUAUAUUUUGUUUAAAAUAGGGGCAGAAAAUAGUGGUAACAGACAUAUUCAGCCUUUGCCCAGUAGGCCACUUGUAAAUACUGAAUACGCCUCUCUCUGCUUCUCCUUAUUCCUGACGCACUUCCUAUUUACGAAUCAUGUCAGAAGGCACUUCAAUUCAACUGCCUGCCUUUAAAUCUCAAUGUAGCAGUGGAUUGAAAAAUCUCGACGUCAGUAAGUUAAGGACUGGUCAGUGUAUUUCAAAAACCACAGUGCAUCCAGGCUUUCAUCUUGUCCUUGCCCUCUCCUUUGAAGCCCUGCGAUGGCGUCUGCAUAGAAAAUUUUGAUUUCCUAUGCCGUUUUCAGUGUUUGCUUUGGCAGCAAGCUUCAGUCAGCUUUUUGUGUCAAAAGCACAAAGCAGUCUUUGAAUUGGGAGUUUUUAUAUUUUUUAUUUGAGUGUUUAUUGCACAGAUUAGUUUUUGUUAAGGCUUUCAUCUUUAUUGAGUACGGUGGAGUUGUCUCACCAGUCCGCCAUUGUCUCUUUUGCAGUUUUAGAGUCAAAGUAUUAAUGAGCUGCUAGCAAGAGAUCAACAUCGCAUAUGAACAGCACUUGUCUAACAAGAAGUUCUAAAAACUUACUGGCCACUUUAAUAUGGACAACUGCUCAUCUGUUUAUCAUUAAAAAAUGAUGUCAAUUUUUUUCCAUUACUAGCUAUUAAUAAGUACCCAAAGUCUUUUAUUAAUGGAACUGUAUGAUUUGUGAUUAAAUUGCCAAGUUGAUGUACCAGCUGUUCUUCAGGAAUCAAAUGCCAAGCACUUUCUGACUGUCAGUUGUUGUAGCCAAAAUCAGAACAACUAAAACUAUCAAUAACCCAACACAGUAAUGUAAUGUAAAAAUAUUUCUACUGCAGCAGAACUGCCUAUUUUCUGGACACAUUGCUUCUGAAAAUAGGCCAGAUACCAGACGCUCUGUGAUCAUUUUUAGUACCACGGAGUAUCUGCAGGUUUCAGCGAUUCAAAUUUAAGACUUUUCAAAUGCCGCUUUGAAAGAAAAAUUGCAUAAAUGCUACUUUGAAUAAAAUUCAAGACCAAAAAAACUAUAAAUAUAUGGGACGGUCUGAGAAUCCUGCUGAAUUACAAUCAGGCAUAGCAAAAUUUGUUUUACAUUUCUGGAGUCGUUUUGUGGCUCUUGGCAGCAUCUUUGUGCUUCUUGUCCUCACAAUGCAAAUGUUUUUUUUCACAGAACGCACCUAGCCUCGUAUGGGUUGUCAACAGAAGUGACCCAGAAGCCACAACUAAUAGUGUAUGUUGUGGCCGACAGGCGAUAAAUUUUACCCUUAAAGGGUUCGACACAUGGAGGUCGACGCCACUCCCUUUCCUUCAUUUCCUACAGAAUUUAUACAAUGAGGGGACAGUCGCUUGCCCUCCUACAGCCAAUCGACCAAUGACAUGCAUGUGAAAUUUUGUUCUUGUAAAUCUAGAGGUGACAAGAUGAAAGAUUUUCAACUUUGUCACGGUUGUCGCUACUGUUGGGUUUCACCCCAUCAUUUGUUGCUGCCAUCACCUGUGAUAGACAUAAAAACUAGCUAGCUAGUUAGCUAGCAAAGGUGUAUUAGCAGCUAGCUAGCGGUAGCCUCAAUCCAAACUGAUUGCUACAGAAAGAAAUGACCCAAACUUCUGCCUGUUGGAAAAGUCACGCAAAAAACAAUAUAUAUGAGAAUAUACAAAAGGAAAUAGUCCUGUCAUGACAGGACUAUUUCACAAGUCAGCUUGUGAAUUUAAGAGUUUUUAAGACCUUAAUUUUAGAUGCAUGAAUUUAGGACUUUUUAAGAAUGCACAGACACCUAUUACUAACUGAGUGUUGUACAAACACUUUAGCCUUCCUGACUAUUGUUGCUCAGCAUGUCCAUUCCUUUGUGAUAUAAUUGUAUCCAACAUCUGGCAUUUCCUUCCACCAGGUAACAAAGCUCAAAUCAUUCCUUGGACAAGAGUUUUUUCACUGUACUUCAAUGUUCUCUGCAGUCACUGAAUCCCAGUCUAACACAACUCCUUUUGGAUAUUGAGCUGACAAAUCCACAACAGGUCUGGUGCCAAAAUCUUAGAAGAGUGUUGACAAUACCUUGCUAAAUGUAUGUCAAAUGUAAUAAAGGCAAUUCUAAGGGCCAAACUGGGUCAAACCCAUUAGCACAGUGUUCCCUGGAAGUUGGAACACUGUGUUGCUAAGUGUAGUCACUGACAAAAAUGCAGUGGACUAGAGUUGCUUUGAUAAUUAGCCAUAAUUUCUAUGUUAAGCAAAAAUCAACAGCAAUAUGGAAGUCAAAUGAUGUCCAACAAACUAGCACCGAAGCUUUAGCUACAACAGGUGUAGCAGUGAGUGUUGCUAAUUGCUGGACUUUGUGUUGCAUGUUUGUUCAAUGUUAUUUGGUAUAUGUCAAUCACUGUUAUCUGCUAAACAAUUUUACUCUAUGUAUGAACAAUAUAACAUUAUGGUGUCUGUGUGUCCCAGUCAUGUCAGGCAGUUCUAUUCAAAAUCGCAUUAUGAGGGUGUGUACAUCUGUGCUAUAUUUAUUGUGAUACAUUAAUGUAAUCAUAACAGUAUAGGGCCAUGGUGAUCACAAAUGCUAAGUUUGGCAACAUCCUUCAAUAAUAUUACCACAGUAUUCUGCAUGUCUCUUUUGAAAUGGGUAAAAGUGGUUUUAAAUUAUACAAACAACGUUUAACUAAUGUAAAUGAUUUUUGUUUGCAUGGGUGAAAUGAGCUUGCUCCUUUGGAUGUUUCAGAGUAGAGCUGCUAUUCCUGUGCAUCGACAGGAGUCAGUAGACUGAAUCUUGGCUUUAGGAUGCUCCAUCUUCUUAGUGAAACCAGUUUGCCCACCAGAAAUGUAAUGUUCACAUAAAAUGUCGAAUUUGUAUUCAAAAUGUACCGUUUGCAUCACUGUUUUUAAAUCUCAAAUUACAGUUUGCUCAUGCUG